AUUGUCCGAACCGCGGAGGGAUUAAAAUCACAACAAGCGGGACCAUGUUUAGGAGGAGACUGAGCGCGUGUGUGACGCUGUGUUUGUGGAUUACCGCGUUAACGGCACCGGGAAGUGUGUGCGCAAGGAAGCAGGACGACUCUUUCUUCACUGGCAGCAUUUACCGAGCAAGAUGCGCUUCGAGGUGCCUCAGUCUGCACAUCACUCGCAUCUCUGCCUUCUUCAAGCACUCCCAGAACAAUGGAUCCUUGGUUUGGUGCCAGAAUCACAAGCAGUGCUCCAAGUGCCUGGAGCCCUGCAAGGAAUCCUGGGACCUGAAGGAAAACCAGUGCCAGGAUUUAUGUGAGCCGCUGUUUCCCAAGAAGCACUACGAAUGUCUGACGAGCUGUGAGUUCCUGAAGUCGGUGGAGGGGGUGAAACAAGGCGACUGUCCUGCUCCUGAGAAGGCCAGUGGAUUUGCAGCGGCCUGUGUGGAGAGCUGUGACCAGGAUGCAGAGUGCUCCACUGUGAAGAAGUGCUGCUCCAACGGAUGCGGCCACACCUGCCAGGUCCCCAAGAACCUUUACAAAGGAGUUCCCCUGAAGCCCAGGAAGGAACUGGUCUUUUUGGAGCAGCCGUCGGGCCACCUGGAGAUCCGCUGGUCCUCUAAGUUCAACAUCUCUGUAGAACCCGUCCUGUACGUGGUGCAGCGCCGCUGGAACUAUGGCAUCCACCCCAGUGAGGACGAUGCCACAGAGUGGGAGACAGUGGCACAGACUGCGGAGGAGCGCAUCCAACUGGCCGACAUCAGAGCCAGCAGAUGGUACCAGUUCAGAGUGGCUGCUGUCAACGUCCACGGGACUCGCGGCUUCACUGCUCCAAGCAAACACUUCCGCUCCUCCAGAGAUCCAGCUGCGCCCCCGAAGCCUUCCAGUCUGCGGGUCACAAAUGUCACAGUGGGUGAGGAUGGUCAGGUGAUGGUGCGUCUCAACUGGACUGUCCUGGAGGAGCCUGAUAUCCCCAUUCACCAUUACAAGGUGUUCUGGAGCUGGAGCGUGCCCUCCAAGUCCAUGGUGCCAUCCAAGAAGAAGAGGAGAAAGACCACAACUGGGGCUCAGAGUUGGGUGGAUCUGGAGGGACUGCAGGCCAACAGCAGCUACACGGUGGAGCUCCAGGCUGUGACCUACUGGGGACAAGUGCGUCUGAAGAGCGGCAAGUCCUCGCUACAGUUCAGCACCGCGCAGACCGAUGUGUCAGGAAAAUCAGUGUCCAAACCCAAAAAGGAUGAACUCUCGCCCAUUGCCUCGACUCUGACCAAACGCCCCUCUGGCCCUCUGGAGGUGGGCACGCCCUUCUACCAGGAUGGCCAGCUGCAGGUCCGUGUCUAUUGGAAGAAGAGAGGAGAUCCUGAGGUGAGCCGUUACCAUGUCCAGUGGAUGCCUGAGUACUGCAGCCAUAAUGAAACACGGGCACCGGAGAAAUCAGUCACCCAGGAAAACUACAUCAACCUCCCGGGCCUGCUGUUUUCCUGCAAGUACAAAGUUACCGUGCACACGCUCAAAUCCAAGAGACGCUCCAAGGACGAGAGCACCACCUUCCUCACCCCAUCCUGCGCCACCAUCCGGAGCAAGACGCACAAGUACAUCCCCUGCCCCGGCGAAGGAGCUCUCCCCAAGGUAUUGGCUAAACCCGAGAACCUCACCGCGUCCUUCUCCAUCAAUGAGGGAAACAUCACGGGAAGCUUCGUGUGGAGGGUGUCGAGGCUCGCCCCGAACCUGAGGAUAACGGGCUACCAGGUGACGUGGGCUGAGAUGACCAGCGAGAACAGGCAAAACAGUCUGCCCAACAGCAUCAUAUCUCAGUCGCAAAUCCUGCCGCCGGACCAUAACUCCCUGGUGGUGUCCAGCCUCCGGCCGUUCACUUUCUACAGGCUGGAGGUGCAGGUCAUAACCACAGGAGGGGAGGGGCCUGCCACUGUCAAGACCUUCCAGACCCCGACCAUUUUACCAGUAGUUCAACAUAGGCCUCGACUCCGGCAGCACCACUCUCACCACCAGAAGGCCACAGUAGAGAGACACUGAAUGGGCAAAAAGAAAUCACAAUUAACCCAGUGGUAAGAAGAAACAGUGGAUUUCUGUUAGAAGGAAUGUAUGGAGUAGAAUCGGAGCACAUCGGACCAUGGACUGAUCCCAUUCCCCAUAUUCCCAGUUUGGGAAUCUAGACUUUUCCUUCACCCCUGCUCUGUCACUGGAACUCUCGGACUGUAUAGUUUGUAUUUAAAAAGCUCUUCUGUGAUUCCACGCACCUCCACGCAAGUUGAAAUUUCCGAUUAGAAAAUUAUGAAGAAGGAAUUUCGAGUAAAAAGAAAUUGAAAAUGCCAUUGUCCGUGUAUGAAGACCGUAAAAAUCUUCUAUUUAUAUUGUGCUACUCAGUAAAGUCAUACAUAAUGUAACUAAAUUCAUUGUUGUCUAACCCAAAAUAUCUUGCAUAGUAUGUUGCAUGUAGUACAAUUACUUUUGAAUUUGUAAAUGAAUAAUUGCUUCAAAUUGAAAGCCUGUAAAGGUUUUGCAUGGCCAUUAGCGUUUCAGUUGGCAUGAGAUAAUGUCUGUGUUACCUCUUUUUCCAAUAUAUUAGUAAUACUUCAUUAACAGAUUAACAAAGAACUAUAUUGGGAGUCAUAUGUAAUGUUUAUUAAUGAAAUUAUUCCUCGCGUGAAAAAGAUAAAUUGUACAUGUUCUUGGCUGUAGAAAUAUUUGUCGUGGCACAGUCAGUGAAUGUCUAUAUUUAUUUAUGUGUGUACUACAGUUUGGUUUGGAUGUGCGUGAAUGUGAAUGUUCUGUGUGUUUUAGUCAAAAUUUUUUUGGAACCGGCAAAAAAAUAAUCUUGUAAAGACAUUUUGUAAAAAUUGAAUUGUAAAUACAGUCUUAUGUUACAUGUUAUUUUUCCAUGGUAGAAACUGUACAAACGGCUAAGUAAUAA